AUGUCCAGCGACCAUGGCCUCAACUCGCCGGCGCGCGCCUCGGCCGAUGUCUUCGAUCAACAACGCAGCAACGUCGGCCUCACAUCGCCAGUGGCAGCAGCAGAUCAGCAUUACACUCCCGGGAUAGACAACUCCUUUGACUCUUACUCCCAUCACACAGUCGGAUCAUCCUCCCUCCUGCGGCCAAACUUUCUGGCUACCAGAGCGCGCAGUCGAUCCACACGCGGUCUCGACGGGCUACGCGACGGCGUCGAGUCCUCGGCCGCAACGCUAUCGUCUGACGAAUCAGCGCAUGAAUACCAAGGUGACGAGCGCCUCCAGCAGAGCACCGCCGAGCCGACAGGAGCGUCGAAGCGAGGCAGCAGCUCACUGAAUUCGAAAGGCAAGCGACUCGGCAUCAUACCUGAUCAGCUCUUGCCCGAAUCGCUUUUCCAGCAGAGUAAAGGACGUCGUCGUGCGACAACGGGUCUACGCAGCCCGUCUUCGCCAUCUACGCCCUCCUCCUCUGCGACGGCCCGACCCAGUCUCUUCUCUAGCACCGGCCUACGCUCCUUUCUCAGUCAUCUGUCGAGUCCGGCGGCGGAAGUCAAGACGCCAGGCGCAAGGGAGGUCUCCCACAUCAACGAACCUACUGCUGGACAGGCGCAAGCUAAGACGCGUUCGCCUGCGUCUUGCGUAUGCGCAGAAGGCAACAGGGCCGACACGCCGACCUCGACGCAGAUAACCACCACGACAGGGAUUUACAUUGGUAGCGCCAUCUGCAGCAUGGGUUCUUUCGCUGCUGGCCCUUCCUUGUAUCCGAUGGAUGGCACGCUGCAACUGGGGACACCGUCGCCGAAACAGGCGCUUGUUCUCGCCAGCGACGCCGACGAUGAUGACGAUGAGCAUGACAGCGCAGAUGCCGUCAGUGUUGAGAAAGCGAUCGACGACGAGGGGUACGAGCCGGCGCAGGCGCGCAAAUGGGUGCGGUGCGGAAAACAGAGUUUCCAACAUGCCUGGGGCAUUGCACACACCACAGCGGACACUGAGACCACCAAGGACCAGCAGCAGUCACAGCAGACCAACGCGUGGCGCAGCUGGAUGGGGUCUACAUAUGCGGCGCCACCUGCACCGCAGCGAUCCUGGUCCGGGACGACAGCCACAUCGCCCAGCACGGUGGCCUCCCCGCUGUUCGACCACGCCAGCAGCACCGUCUCGCUGCUCAGCUGCACCUGCUCGCCGCCAACGCGACCCGAGUCAGUCGCGAGCAGCAUCAUCGAAAUGGGCACGCCCAAGGCGGCCGCUGUAUCGUACAUGCGCGAGAACAGCCGCUUCAGCCUGCCCGCGUCGCCGCCGCCGGACAGCGCGGUGUUCUACGCGCAGCAGCCCAGCAGCGGAUCGGUCGAGAGCGCGCCGAUGCCGGCGCUGAUCUCGAUCAACCACUCGUCAUGGCGCUUGCGUACGCCGAUGCUUCGCCCGCAUCUGCCGGCGCUCCUGCGUCUUGCGGCCAUCUUCGUCGUCUGCACCAGCCUGGUUAUCGCGGCGCUGACGACGCUGCCGCUCAAGAUGCCGACGCACGGACUCUCCGAGCUGAGCAUGGUCGAGAUCCGCGACAUGGCGUUCUCGCUUAAAGACUACGCGCAGAGCAGCGGCGGCGCAGGCUGGCACACCUGGCUCGUGCUCAUAUUCUUCUUCACGUGGAAGCAGGCGUUCACCGUGCCGGGAAGCUUGAUCAUGAACGUCGUACUCGGAGCGCUGUACGGCACGUACCGCGCAACGUGGUACACAUCGCUCUUUACCGGCUUUGGCGGCAUCCUGUGCUAUCUGCUCGCCCGGCCGCUCGGGCCGUUGAUUGAGAGCUUUCCCGGCCUCAGCAAGCCGCUGACUGCCAUGCGCCGAGCACUUUCGCGAUCAGGCAAUGACUCACCUGCCACUUGCCCAAACAAGCAACCCUCCCACUCCUCUUCCUCUGCAGACGCCAACAUCUGGUCUUACCUGCUGCUGCUCCGCCUCGUCCCGAUCGUCCCCUGGGGCGCGAUGAACAUCUGCUGCGGUGUGCUGCGCGUGCCGCUCUGGCCGUACUUUGGCACGCUCGCCUUCGGCUCCGUGCCAUGGAACUUUGUCACUUGCCAAGUCGGCGACAUUUUGCAGGAGAUCGUCGCGACCCUGCCGCAGGUCGCUGGCGACGGUAGCGCUUCAGGAGAGGGCAACGCAAAUACCAGCAGCAGCGCACAUGCCGACGCCUCUGGUUUAACAGUCAUCCUGGCCAAGAUCUGGAGUAGGGAGAUGAUGGUUAAACUGUUCUUGCUCUCCGUCGUCAGCGUGCUGCCCAUACUUCUCAGCAGGUGGUUACGACGAAAAGGCCAGCAGGCGGCAGAGGAAGCGACGGCAGACGAGGCGCAGACGCCACUGCUCCACGAUCCCGAAGCUGCUCGGGCCGCAUCUUCGCCAUGGCUUGAGAUGCAACUACAAGCCAACAUGGGGCUCACUGGGGCACACGCCCUAUCGCCUGAUUAUGAGCACCGUCAUGACUUCUCAAUGGCCGACAAGGCCAACUUUGCGCCGUCUCACUCGCGCCCAGCGUCCGACACGUCGUUCGAAUCGUCGGAUCGACCGUAUGAGCGAGCGGGGGACCAUGACUAUGUACCUGUACGAGUGGGCUCACUCAAUACCAGUAAGGAGCGCACUGCCGCAAGUCUCCCACCAAAUUUGUACGCGUAA